UAAUUAAUUCAUUCAUUCAUUCAACAUACACUAAUACAUUCUUGUUCAAGAAAAACAUACAUUAACACAAAACGUGCAAUCCUCCAAAUUAAUUCAAUUUAAUUAAUUUCAAUUAAUAUCCCUCUUAAGAUCAACUAACUUAAUGGCGGCAAAAAAUGUCUACUCAUUAAAUAGAAAACGCCGCCGCUUUGUGCGGAAAUGGCUCCCUUCCACCGACAACUGUGGGUCAAACCCCACAUAACCCCUUUUAAACUUUUGAAUAAUGCCAUUUCUUGCGGUCAUAAAAAAUUAACCCCACUAAUUUGUUUUUCAAAAUUAAAAACAAAAAAUCACCAUUAAAGUUACAAAAUUCAGUUCUCUCUAUAAUAAAUAUCAUGAAAUUAAAACCAAAAAUAAAGAAAAAACAAAAACUGUUAUCAUAUUUCUCUCCCAUGAAAAACAGAACACCUCAUCCAAGUGUCGAAAGAAAGAACAUUUCUGAAAGCAAAAAAUGAGAACAAAAAUACUUCCCAAAAGAAAAAGAGAAAGAAAGAAAAAUUCUUAAAAUAUAACAGAACUAGUUACAUUACAUACAAUGUUAAAUCUAAGACAUUAUUACCUUCUCUCUCUUCUUACCCCAAGAAUCUCUCUCUUCCUCUUUCUUUGUCUCUCAAUCCAUGGCUUGUAAAGUUCAAUUCUUUCUUCACUUCUACUUCUUGUUUAUCACCAUUAUCAAUCAGACUUUCUGUCAAGAAGCAAACCCAGAACCAAAAACACUAACAGACUGCACUAACCGUUGGAUCCAUAUCAGAAAAUUGCCACCUCGUUUCAAUCUUGAUCUUCUUUCUAACUGCUCAGAAUACCCACUUUUCGACAAUUUCUGUCCUUUUCUGGCCAAUCAUGGUUUAGGACCCAAAACACAUAAUCGUUCACAAUCCUGGUACCGUUCAGAUCCUUUGUUGUUAGAAGUCACUUUCCAUAGAAGAAUGCUUGAAUACCCAUGUUUAACAUCUGAUCCUAAUCUCGCUAAUGCUAUCUACUUGCCUUACUAUGCAGCAAUUGAUUCUUUAAGGUAUCUUUAUGGUCCUGAAGUGAAUAAUAGCAUGGAUCAUGGGUUAGAAUUGUUUGAUUUUCUUCAAGAAAAUGAUUUAAAGAUAUGGGAAAAAUAUAAUGGGAUGGAUCAUUUUCUUGUCAUGGCUAGACCUGCUUGGGAUUUUUCACAGCCUUUAGAUGCUAAUCCUCCUGUAUGGGGUACUUCAUUUCUUGAAUUGCCCGAGUUUUUUAAUGUUACUGCUUUGGUUAUUGAGAGUAGAGCUCGGCCUUGGCAAGAACAGGCUGUGCCUUAUUUAACUUCUUUUCAUCCUCCAACUUUAGCUUUGUUGGAAUCUUGGAUUAAAAGAGUAAAGGGUUCAAGAAGAACAACAUUAAUGCUUUUUGCAGGCGGCGGAGGUGUUGGUGCUACCCCAAAUAUCAGGAGGAGCAUUAGGAAUGAGUGCGAAAAUAGUAGUGAUAGUAAUACCAGCGGUAGUUUUUUAGGUAGCUUUGGAUAUAGCUACCUUCAUUACACUAAAGUAUGUGAUUUAGUAGAUUGUUCUAAUGGGAUCUGUGAGCAUGACCCAAUAAGGUAUAUGAGGCCAAUGUUGCAAGCAACCUUUUGUUUGCAGCCUCCUGGUGAUACCCCAACUAGAAGGUCUACUUUUGAUGCGAUUAUUGCAGGGUGUAUACCGGUUUUCUUUGAAGAACAAACUGCGAAAUUGCAAUAUGGAUGGCACUUGCCAGAGGAGAUGCAUGAAGAGUUUGCUGUGUUUAUACCUAAAGAAGAAGUGGUGUUUAAAGGGUUGAAGAUUUUGGAUGUGCUUAUGGGAAUUCCAAGAGCUCAAGUGAGGAGAAUGAGGGAGAAAGUUAUAGAGUUGAUGCCAAGAAUUGUGUACAGGAAGCAUGGAAGUUCUUUGGGUUUAAGGGCCAAAAAGGAUGCUUUUGAUAUUGCAGUUGAAGGUGCUUUGCAGAGGAUUAACUCUAGGCUUAAAGGAGGAAGCCUUUAUCAGUGACUACUAAAGGAUUCCAAUUAUUUUCCUGGCUGUUGUAAUUAUUGGUAUUUAUUAUUAUUCUUGAUUCUGCAAAAAUGCAGAAAAGAACAGACAGAUAAGUCUUGUUUAUAUCAGCAACAAGUUGCAUUUAGUUUUGGAUGAAAAUGAGAUUCUACAUUUUGUUCUUCA